AUGUCAAAUGGACAAGCCGAAAGGUUUGUGGAUACUUUAAAGCGAGCACUCAAAAAGUUAAAUGGGAAGGGGGUAACUGCUGAAAAUCUUCAAACAUUUCUACAAGUUUACCGAUCAACUCCGAAUAAGCAAAAUGAGGACAGUAAAUCGCCAGCUGAAGUUUUACUAAAAAGAAAAAUCCGUAUUAAACUUGACUUGAUUAAACCAACGCUGGUGUCAGACCCAAAUGUCAAGUUUAAAAACAAGUGCGAUACACAACUCAAAAUGAAAGCGCAAUUUGACAAAAGGCAUGGUGCAAAGCCAAAGUUUUACGAAAAACAAGAGCUCGUUUAUGUCAACAUAUUCAAAAACAAACACUUUGAAUGGACAAAAGGUAAAAUAAUCGAACGCAUAGGUAACGUCAUUUAUAAUGUUCGCUUACAAAAUGGCAAACUUAUUCGUGCACAUGCCAAUCAAAUUCGUGACCGAAAAGAUCAAGAAAAUGAGUUAUCUUUAGAAAUAUGUACUUCCGAAGAUAUCGCCAACGAAAAGUGUUUAGUUGAUGCAUUUGGCCUCUACGAAACAACAGAUCAAUCUUUCAACAAAGUAACCGAGAUUGCAAUCCCUCAAACUGAGAAGCACAAUGAGGCAGUUGUUCCGUAUACCCGACCAAGGCGUACUAGACAUCCUAUUGACCGUUAUAGACCCUAG